AAAUGAAUACCCAACGGCAUGUUGCCGGUUCCUCAACUUCUACCACUACUAGAAAAGGUUCUGGAACUCAAAAACUUUCUGGAUCAACAAGUGGGAAUGCUUGGGCUUCACAAACUGAGAAAAAUGAAAAUAUUAAAAUUGAACUAAACGACUUGACAAACAAAAAUUUAAACGAAGAAAAUGAUAGAAUUGAUAGUUUGCAUAUUCACACAAAUCCAAUUUUGAGGUUUAUAGAGAAUUCUAGGCUUUGUAGAUGCUCAAAAAGGAAUCAAUUAGCAAUUCUCGCAAAUCUGGGCUUUCUUAUCGUCUUUGGAAUUCGUUGUAAUUUUGGAGCAGCCAAAAAUCACAUGUCUAGAGAUUUUUAUGAUCCUUGGGGCAAAAAACAUAAGCACUCUUUUAAUUGGACUAGUGCUGAAUUGGGAGUGAUGGAAUCUUCCUUCUUUUAUGGAUAUUUAAUUACUCAAAUACCUGCUGGAUUUUUGGUUAGAAGUUUUUUUGAUUAAUUGGGCUCUAACUUAUCCCGCAUUUUUCAAUGAUUUAAUUCUGCACCUAUUUCAAAGCUCUCUUACUCAUCCCAAUCAUUUUCAUCUCUUCCCCCACUUUCCCACAUACCCGACCUUUUAUCCCCAUAUCUUAACCCUUCCCUAUAUAUCCUACCCCUUCCCUACAUGUCCCUAUCUCAUAUCACAUAUCCUCACAUAUCCCAACCUCUUAUCCAUAUAUCCCGGCUUUCCCACAUUCUUC